AUAACGAGUCCAAAAGGAAAACGAUCGCAGGGAAAGUCAGAAGCAGCACAAAGUGACGCCAGAGUUAAUAUUUGAUUAGCGUUUGUGCAGAUUAUGCGUUUGGGCUGGCAACGAAAGUAAACGCGAAUUAAUAGUGAUCCAGUUUCGCAUGGGAUCACACACAAAUCAAGGUGCAAAUAACUCUCAGCUAAGACUCAAAUAACAUAAACAUUCUCCUCUUAUUGCUUUAUUGCAGCUGAAUCGAAUCCAAACAAGAGCUUAAUCAAAACUCAAUAUCAGCCAGUGUCCAAUAUCAAGAAACUGGUCUAUAAAUUUUUGCUGCUGAUAUUGGAAAGUUUUCGGUUGGAUUAUUUGCAACGUGCGCAAGUGCAGCAAGCCAGACGAUUGGGUUUUUGAAUAUCUACGCAUAUUUGCGCAUUUUAAUUGCAAACAGCAACAACAACAACAACAGUGAAGAGAGCAACUGCAGUAGCAACAACUCCAACUGCAAGUGGAACGAGAGAAGCCAGCUAGCAAGGUCUGUUCGUUGCUUUCGUGGUCACCAUGGAGAAUCUGGGCUACAAGGAGGGCAGUACGAAGCCGCGUCGUAUGACACGUUCGAUCAGCGUCGUAACCAAGACCGAAGUGGAGCAGCCGCUCAAUGAAAAUAAUGCGAAUAACCGUUUCAAAUCGAUUCCACCCAAUCUAAUGGUGCGAUGGCGCAAUAACACUGACGCCAUGAUCGAAGCUCAGUAUCCGACAACUGGUGAAUUUGAAUACAUGGAGUGUGGACCAUCGCCGCCGGCGGAGAGUGCGCCGAGCAUGUACGAUAGCUUUGAGGAGCCAACUAGCGAGCUGAGCGUGCAGAUCUGCAAUGACACGCUGAGGAUUAGUCUGAUCGAUCAGAUGAAGAGUGCCGCUGGCCGGGUGCGUUUGUUUGAGGACAUCGAACAGGGUAAUGUGGUGGCCGAGAGCAUCGGCGCACAUUUCGAAACAGCUUCCAAGCUCGAGAAGAAUCUGUGUUACUUGUGGGCGGCUUUUCUCAAGCGCUGGGAUCUGCUCGAGGGUCUCUUAAAGGCUGGCGCCGAUCUGCACUUUUAUGACCAGAACGGAAUUUCAGCAUUGCAUUUGAGUGCGUUCAGUGGAUGUUUGGCCACACUGAAUCUUCUCGUGGCCAAGGGCAUCAAUGUCAACUUGCAGCCCAAGUGCUACACUCCACUGCACUGCGCCGCGUUCGGCAAUGCCGUUGAGGCAGCCAAGUUCCUCAUCAACAGUGGAGCCCUCAUCACCAAAGACACCAACAAGCCCAACUGCGAGGAGAGUCUGCUCCACUGCGCCGUUCGCUCCAAUGCACUUGAGUGCUUGCAGCUGUUCAUUGGCGAGGGAGCCGACGUCAAUUCGCUGAAGCCCAAUGGCACCAACGCCAUACACCUGGCCGCAGAUCUGGGCCACCUGCAGUGCUUGGAGGCGCUGCUGAAUGCACCCAAUGCCGACGCCAAUGUCCGCAUCUGCAUUCGCGAAAAGGAGUCGACCGCUCUGCAUCUGGCAGCCGAUGAGGGCAACGUGGAGUGUGUCGAUUUGUUGCUCUCCAAAGGUGCUGAUGCCAAGCUAAAAAAUCAUCGCGGCUUCACCCCACUCCAUCUGGCUGCGCGAACUUCUAGCCUGGAGUGCGUGGAGUCGCUGCUGCGCAAUGGCAAUGCGGACGCAAACGCUGAGGACUUUGAUCAUAGGACGCCGCUGCAUGCGGCCGUUGGCAAGUCCGAGAAUGCCUAUGAUAUCAUGGAGACACUCAUCCAGUGGGGCGCCAAUGUCAACCAUAAGGAUAUCUAUGGCUUCACCGCUCUCCACUUGGCCGCCCUCGACGGACUCGUCCAGUGCGUCGAGAUGCUCAUUUACCAUGGCGCCGAUGUCACAACGAAAUCUAAGAAGGGCACAUCUGCUUUAAACGUCAUCACGCGGAAGACACCCGCCUCGGUGGCUAUGAUUCGUCAGAAACUUGAUGCGGCCAUUACCCUGCAUCAUUCACAGGAUCCCGUCAAUCGUGAGGUGGAGCUGGAGCUGGACUUUCGCCAGCUGCUGCAGCAUUGUCAUCCACGCGAAAUCAGCUACUUGAACACAUUCGUGGAUGAGGGGCAGAAGGAGAUACUGGAGCAUCCGCUAUGCUCCUCCUUUCUGUACAUCAAGUGGGGCAAAAUACGAAAGUACUACAUCGGACGCCUGAUCUUCUGCUUCAGCUUUGUGCUCUUCUUGACGCUCUACGUGCUGACUGCACUGGCGCACAACUGUUACAACGGCAGCAAGGACGACAACACGACGAUCCAGGCGCAGGAGCUCUGCCAGAAGCAGUCCAUACUGGGCGAUAUGCUGCGCAAUAAUCCGUUUGUCAUGGAAAUGCAGUGGUGGGUGCUCGUGGCGAUUACAAUAGUUGAGAUAUUUCGAAAGCUCUACGGGAUUACGGGCUACUCCUCGUUUCGACACUAUGUGACGCAAGUGGAGAACAUUAUGGAGUGGUUUGUCAUCACCAGCGUCUUCGUCAUCUCUUACAUCUACACGAAACAGACGUACACCUUCCAGAAUCACAUUGGCGCAUUUGCCGUACUGCUCGGCUGGACCAAUUUGAUGCUGAUGAUUGGGCAGCUGCCCGUGUUCGAUGUCUACGUGGCCAUGUAUACGCGGGUGCAGGGCGAGUUCGCCAAGCUAUUCAUGGCCUAUUCGUGCAUGCUGAUUGGAUUCACAAUUAGUUUUUGCGUUAUCUUUCCAUCGUCGUCGUCAUUCGCCAACCCGUUUAUGGGAUUUAUCACAGUGCUGGUGAUGAUGAUUGGGGAACAAGAUCUGUCGCUAUUAAUCAACGAUCCGGACGGCAAGGAUCCGCCCUUUCUGCUGGAGGUCAGCGCUCAGAUUACGUUCGUGCUCUUUCUGCUGUUCGUGACGAUCAUUCUGAUGAAUUUGCUGGUGGGCAUUGCGGUGCACGACAUACAAGGCCUCAAGAAGACAGCCGGACUCUCGAAACUGGUGCGACAAACGAAGCUCAUUAGCUACAUUGAGUCGGCAUUGUUUAAUGGCUAUUUGCCCACAUGGUUGCGAAACCUGCUCCACUAUACAGCGCUCGUCUCACCGCAGGCCUAUCGCGUGGUGCUGUGCGUGAAGCCCUUGAAUCCCAGCGAAAAGCGAUUGCCGCGCGACAUACUUAUGAAGGCCUACGAGGUGGGCAAAAUGCGUAAGCACUUUGGUCACACAAUCUCCUCCAAAAAUCCGGCCGAAAAUUAUCUAUCAUACAAAAACAAGUACAACAACAGCGGCUGUGUGAACACAGCGUACGUGUUGCCCGAUCCUGAUCCCGAAUCCACACAACUAACAGCGCUGACCAGUAAAAUUGACGACAAUGCGGAUCGCAUUGAGUUUCUCACGCAGGAGAUUCAAGAAUUGAAGCAGGUGCUCAUAUCGCAGCAGCAGCAGGCCAGCAAAGURAUUGACAAGCUGCUGAUCGUCAUCUCCAACCAACAGAAACAACAACUCCGUAAAUAACUGCUGCAUGAUGCCAUUYACUAUUAUUGCUAUUAUUAUUAUCUUUUCUAAACAUACGAAUCAUAAAAUUCUUAGCCCGUAGACACUUCUUGAGUGUGUAAACCAUUGCGCCCAAGAGCCCGAAAAUUGUUGAUAUUAUAUUGUAGUUAGCGUAUUGAUUACUGCAGCGUCUAACGCUCUACCUAAUAAUGCUAUUUAGCUCUAUACUAUACAAUAUAUGUAUUUAACCUACAAUAUAUAUACAGAUAUAUAAAUAAAAGCUAGUUGAUAGGUCUUAGAGGUGAGAAGCUGGCAGGUUUGUUUUUGUCUGUGUCUGGUUUUAGGCUGUGUCUUUAUUGUUUGGCGUUGUCGUAAGAAGAGCGUUUAAAUAAUGAAUAAUUCUGAAAGUUAUAUAUUUU